AUGGUGAAAGCGAAAAAAUAUGUCGUAAAAAACCACUUCCGAGGUCUACCGAAACGAGAGGAUUUUGAAGUAGUUGAAUUUGACCUUCCUCCUCUGGAGAACGGGGAAAUUCUCGUUAAGACUGAGUGGAUCAGCGUGGACCCUUACGUCCAAGUACACAAUCCUUUCCACCCUGUUCCCUACGACCAACACAGUUUCCAAGUAGGUACAGUUCAAGAUUCAAAGAAUCCGAAUUAUCCCAUCGGUUCAAAGGUCGUAUCGUACAAGGGCUGGUGUGAUUACAGCAUUAUUGACAACUUUGAAAACGGUACUGACGGAUUUGACUUCGGUAGAGUAUAUAAAUUGCAGGAUGUAAAAGACCUCCCGGUGGAGUUAUUUGUCGGUACGUUAGGGAUGACAGGUGUCACUGCCUACUGUGGUUUGUUAGAAAUAUGCCAACCGAGGGCUGGUGAAACGGUCGUCGUGACCGGUGCCGCUGGGGCUGUGGGCUCGAUAGUUGGACAAAUCGCGAAGGUUAAAGGUUGCAGAGUGGUAGGAUUCGCUGGUUCUGAUGAAAAAGUUCAGUGGCUUGAAAACGAGCUGGGCUUCGAUAAAGCUAUAAAUUAUAAGACGGCAGAUUUACGUAAGUCUCUGAAGAAAGCUGCACCAAACGGCGUGGAUUGUUACUUCGAUAAUGUGGGCGGGGAAAUCAGUAGCGUUAUUAUCGCCCAAAUGAACAAGUAUGGAAGGGUCGCUGUUUGCGGUUCGAUAAGUGCUUAUAACGACGAUCCUGAAAAACUACCCAAAGCGACCAUUCUUCAACCCUAUAUAAUAUUUAACGAGUUGCGAAUUGAAGGAUUGACUGUAAAUCGAUGGUCGAACCCAGACAGAUGGCCAAAAGCAAUCGCUGAUUUAUCAGAAUGGAUCAGGGGUGGUAAAAUACAGGCAAGAAAUCACGUAACUGAGGGAUUUGAUAAACUUUUCGACGCACUUAUUGGCGUACUCACUGGAGAUAAUUUUGGAAAGGCUGUUGUUAAAGUUUAA